AUGACGGCCGCGCAAAUUCACCGGCGCGCGGCGAACCUGAUCAAAAAGAGAUACCAGUCAAAGUUCCCGGACACUUCAAAUCCGGCGUUGGAGCGUAGAAAGCCUCCAAAAGAAUGGCUAACGAGGCAGCCUCCGUCAUUUUCUGAUAUUUUUGGGACGGCGGCGACGGAUGUUGUAUUCCCGGGUAUUGGAACGAACACCCAGACCGCUACGAGCCCCACCACCACCUCCACCACGACUUCUACAUCGUCUACUCCCACAUCAUCCAGCGGGACAUCUACUUCCACUACCACUGUCACGACAACCACUUCGUCGUCGACCUCUACUACUCCGACCACAACAAAAUCAAAGCCAGUGAAGACGGCACCAUACACACCUCCGGUGACUACGUCAGUCACACGUACCACCGCGGAAGCUGCCGUCACCUCAUCAGCUGCUGCGGUCGCACAAACUGGCGCCUCGAGCAGUGGGGCGAUAGCUGGUGGGAUCAUAGCUGCCAUUUUGGCUAUUGCUGGCAUCAUCUUUGCAAUCCUCUUCAUUCGUCGUCAACGGAAACGGCAAGCCGAGGAGAAUGCGUUUGACGCAAAGGAGUUCCGCCGCUCUGCUAUGUUGAUGUCGGAUCCUCCUACUCACGAGGAUACCAUUGCGCGUGGAUACAAUCCUCGUCCUCCCAGUAUGAUUGAACGCCAUAUGACUUCCCCUGCUUCGACGUUUGGGGCUCAAUAUCCCACUCAAGCUCCUGUGGCUGGGGCCUAUGCUUACGCAGGAGAAGAGUACCCCAGUUAUAAUCCUAAUACCCAAUAUGCAUCGUUCGCCCCUGGUCAAGUUGUGAAUUAUAACGCCCCUCCCAAGCCUCUGCCAAACCCGUUCGCAACCCCCACAAAGGCACAGUUUGGCCCUAUUCCUUCACCUAUCGCAGGGCCAGGGCAAUAUGAGCAGCAGGUGUAUAGUGACCAAGGUUCUUUGACGAGGCAGUUAUCAUCUGGGAGUACUGCGACCUAUCCCGUGCUUACGCGCCAAUCGUCCUUGACUGAUCCCCAUCCCCAUCAAGAGAACGCGCCACCUGUACCCGUCAGCGAGGGUACCAUCCCAGACAACGACGACUACGUAGAUCUCAGUCGAUCUAGUGUCUCUCCCUAUCAAGCAGCCCAAUAUGCGGAGAUCUCCAGACGAUUGAAGACGGAAGUUCCCAAUGGCUUGACUACACCCGAAGCAGCCCAGUCACAGUUUGGUUUAGCUGCAGCGGCAGUGAAUCGCGACUUGCCUCCACUCCCUCCUCCUAAGGAAGACAACGAACACCAAUCCCCGUUCGCAGACCCAAACUCAACACCUAGCACCCCUACCUUCCGCGUCUCGAACACAUCUUAUAACCAACAACAAUUAGAACAACAACAACGGUCAGAACCACAACAACAGCAACAUGAGCAAGGCGAAACGAGACCUAUAUCCGCUGCGGAGUCUGACCUCUCCCAAGAGGUCGACUUCCCUGCGGACCUCGAAUUCCCAGUACCCCCCUCUCCAGUCCACACCAUCUCCUCACGAUACCGGAUCGACUCGACCCCACCCAUGCUCCCCGAAAUCCUCGUCGAGUCCCGCGUCUCCGUCAGCGCGUACGAGUUUGCCCCUCCACCACAUCACGGUCACGGGGAUACCUCGAAUCUGGGACUGAGUCCUCUGGGGAGCGGGUUCCCCAGUCCUGGGUUCAUGCCUCGGUUCCCUGCCACUCCCAGUCCGUUGGCGUCGAGCUUUGGAGUUGCUACGCCUACGCAGGAGAAGGGCUUUGAUCAGGAGCGUGUUGCCUCGCCCCCAAUUGUGAAGCAGGAAAAACAAAAAAUCAAUGGAAGCGGCUUGAAGCGCUCGAACACGGUGUAUUCUAUGUAUGAUGCCGAGGAUGCGCAUAGCGGCUGGGACGUUAUCGAUUCCCCGACCUUGACCUUGCUUGUGCAAAUCACUUGCGUCGGUCUCUGCGCUUUAUUUGAGUACAACACAAUGUUAUUUUAUCACGCUGAUCGUUCGAAUUCAAGGCUAAUUCUAGCGCAUGUUUAUGUUGUUGCUUCUGCAUCCUGCCUACAGCGCCCAACAGCAUACUCUCAAGCAACUACCUCAAACUCUGUUGACGCAGGUCUGCCUCUACUACUAUUACGAGCGUUUGGGGUUGUCGAAAGGCUGACUUUCGCCAAUGUCUUCGCCGUAGCUCAGAUUCAGUGUUCUGAGCUGUUCUGCGGCGCCGCCCUUGUUCGAUGGAGUUUGCCAAGAAUUUGCAACCCUGACCGGUUGGUGGGCCACGCCGACAAAGGCAUCGAAUAUACAGGGAACUGGACAACAAAUGAUGGGACGAAAUACGACACCCAGGGGAAUUUUGGCGCAACCUACAAAGGCUUGCAUGGCGCCACUGGCGUCGCCAACUUUUCCUAUGUAUUCAAUGGCGCGCAAGGAAGAAUUAUGGGCACAAACAAUAUCAAGAACUCGUCUGGAGUGCUCGAUCCCGUAUGGGAGUGCUUCAUCGAUGGAGUGAGCAUAGGCGUUGGAAAUGCGACCAUAUUUCCCUACAUUGAAAACAACUGGCAACUGUGUAACUGGUACACCCUCACUCCCGGCCAGCAUACUAUUACUGUCAACGUGAACAGUCGAUCCCAGGCGUUCUUUUUUGAUAGGUUUGAGUUCUUGCCCAGCGGGCAGGUCGACGGUGCGGGGAUCCUUGUCAACAAGCUCGAUCCUGAUCUCCGAUACAAUUCAAGUUGGCAAAUUUUGGGGACUAUAUCUCAAAUGACGCAGAAAACGGGUGCGACCGUUUUUUUCCCUUUCGUCGGUACUGGUCUCUCCUGGUACGGCACGACACCAACAGAAUUGUCCCACCAAGAAACAACAGCAACGUACUCGGUAGACAAUGGAUCCCCUGUCACGUUUUCAGUACCAGGUCUUCAAAAAGCCGAUUCCUCUACACAAUACAAUCGAAAACUUUUUGAGAUCCCAAGUUUAUCUGCGGGGUCCCAUAACCUGACCGUCAAUCUCACCCAAGGAGGGAACGUGUCGCCGCUCACACUUAACUAUCUCAUGAUUGAGGGUGGGAGCACAGCAUAUUUGGGAACGGUAUCCUCCGCUAGCUCUGGGGCAGCAACCUCAACCUCAACUGGUGUCAACUCGCCGGGCCAUUCCAAAAGCACCACUCCUGUUGGUGCUAUUGUCGGCGGCGUUCUUGGCGCAAUCGCUCUCGUCCUUCUAUCGGUCCUCGGCAUCUUCUGGUACCGAAGACGGAGACAACAAGGUCCUCUAGUUGUGUUUCAAACCCACGAAGUCCAACCGUUUGUGGUCUCUGAAGAUCAACAUCCCAAUUCCAGCUCACCAACUCAACAGUCUUCCUUCGUCACUUCUACAUCAAAAAAUGCGUCCCCUAGUGCAGCCACUCGGGACUAUUACCCUCCAGGUGCAGUAGGCAAGCAGGCAAUGGCGCGCCAGACCCUUGCUCCGACGCUAGCUUCCAACCCUCAUCAGAUACCAAGUGCAGCCACUACUACAAAUUCGGCUUCGGAAACCUCUGGCUUCGCGGGAGACUCUUCAUCGAGGGUCGUUAUUCAUCAAGAUAGCGGCAUACGAUUACCACAGCAGGGCCCUGAUCUCAUGGAAUAUCCGCCCAUAUAUACUGCGGGUUGA